AUGGCUUUCCCCAGCCGGUCUCACCAAGUAACACCCGAUAACCAUCCCCAAAGUAAAGUCCCAAGCCAUAAGAUCCGACACUGCAUGGAACUAGCAAAUCAGCCACCGUUUCAGCUCCUUGUCCCUGGCGAGGAGGUGACUUCUCAUCACCCUCCCAACAUGAGGCUGGAGAAGGAAUCCGAACUUUGA